AUGUUCGACAUUGACUGGGUUGGCCUCGCCGUACCGUUCGCAUAUCUUGCAGUGCUCGCGGGCUCUUUGACAACAUUCUCGAGUGUGUAUAGGAAGCGGAAAGCAGCUGCAUCAGCAACUCUGGCGCCAUGGUUUCCCCCUCACUUGCAACGGAAUAUUUACUUGUCACUCCUACAUCUCGAGCCAGAGGAUGGCAACGAGAAGGCACCCAAGGUUCCAGAAAGCGUGCUGCGCGCUGCCCUGUUAGAGCGAGCUGUCGAGGACAUCCAUCGAAUUAUACAAAUCAGAACCGCAAAGCAGGCGUGCAGUACCCUUUUGCAACGUGGCAGUGUUGGAGAUGAUCUGUGGCAAAGGUUUUUGAGGGCUGAAAAGGAAAUGGAAGAAGAACUCCGAGAUGUGGUCAUGGAGGCAAAUGGUCUCUCUCCAAACUGGGGCCAAUCUAUCUUCCAAUCUGCUAACGAGAUCGCCGCAAACACUCUUUUCCGGAAUCGAUUAGACGAUAUCCAGGCACAGGCAGAAUCUGAGAAGCAGUGGUGGGAGAAACGACGAGCAUCUAUCCAAGCAGAAUUCAUGAAGGAGCUGGAUUCACCUUCUUCCAUUGCCACCAAGAAUGUUGUAAACAAAGCCGGCAGUGAUGAAGAAGCAAUUCUGGUGGAAGGUGGAGGUCCUGCUGUUAGUGACAAAGGAAGCAUUCGAAAGAAGAAGGGAAAGAAUUAG